CUGUUGCAGUGCACUUCACCUCCGGCCUCGGCACGGAUCGCGAGCACGGAGGCGAGAGGGCCAGUCGUGCGGUCGCUCAUCGUCGGUGUGUUGUACGUGUGUCUCUAGCAGUGUCCCCCGCUUGGUGUUUCGAGGACUGCGCGCAGAACUCACCGCGGUCCCUCCGAGACCCGUCCUCCACCUCCUCUCCCUUUGCUCCUCUCACGUGCGCACACACACGCGUGAUACACGCGCGCACACAGGUGCAAACAAGUACAUACGGAGUGGACCACUCUCUCUCUAUCUCUCCUCGUCUACCCCGUACUUUGAAACCCGUUCCAGUCGGCUACGGGCUUGUCCGUUGUUCCCGCGUUGUUGCGACCAGCAGCUCGCCGAGGAGGUGAACGCGCAAUUCGCAAUUGGUCCUAAAACCCGGAGCGGUUUUCGCGACUUCCCGGCGAAGAGUCGCAGCCGGUGAAACGGUUUGCGCGCGUGAAACGUGCGUUGUGCUCGUCUCUGUGCGCGGCUCUGUGCAGAAGAAUGCGGUAGGAUGCGUAUCCAGGAAAGAUGCUUCCUGCUGGCGGUGGUGGGACUCUGCCUCCUAGGCGGGGUCGCCUACUCCUUGACGAUCGUCGACGCUGAGACGCGGAUCACCACGACGCCCGGUGCUAGUGACGAAGAAACAGUCGUGGCAGCGCAGUCUCCGCAAUCAGAACCGCGAAAUGACACGGCGGAAUCGAAAGGCGUCUACCCGACGAAGGAGUCCGACGUCAAGGCCACGACGGAGGCGAAGAAGAAGCCGGUAGUGGACUUCAAGGUCAAAAGCGAUCAGAAGUACCAAAAGCCCAUCGCCAAGGAUGACGAUGCGAAGAGAGUCUCAGACGGCGACGCGUCUGCGACGCCCAUGUCAACGUCGCCCAUGUCUUCGACGAUGCCUGAUCAAUCUCCGGCGACGACGAAGUCUAUGGAUGCGACGGGUGUGACGAUCCCGUUUCUUUUUCACGGGGAGCCGAUCGUCGGGAUCGUCACGACGACGCCGGCCAACGGUCCUACCGUCCAAGACCCGACCAGCAGCACGGAGGAGGUGCGAGUGACGGAGGAAACGACGUCAUCGAGAGGCAGGGCCUUGAACAUCUCCGCUCCGGAGCCAACGAACUCGUUGCACGCUAAUAUUACAGAUCUCAGUGACGUCAGCAUGGACGAGGACGACAAGGAAGUGGAAGGUGGGGAAUACGUCGCGUCUCACAAUGAAACGUCCAUAAAUAUCUCCUCGACGUUAUUACCAAAGGUGCCAGAGUGCGUUCACGGGAAUCGCACCUACUCGUUGGGCGAAAAAGUUGUGCGAGAUUGUGAGGAGAAGUGCGUCUGCUCCGAAAACGGCAUCACGGACUGCCAGCCACUGUGCGUACAUCCUUAUGUCAGAGCGGGCAGGGGAAUCGAGGACCAUUUGUGCCAAGAAAAGAUAGUCUCCGAGGAACCAUGUUGCGCCGUGAUCCUCUGUGCCGCGGAUUCCGCUCCGGAGCCGGAGGAGACAUGUAUAUUCGGCAGUCAAACGGUAGCCAGGGGACAGCGUGUCGAAGACGGGUGCUCCAAGGUAUGCAUAUGCGAGGCCGGAGGCCAUUUAAAAUGCCAAGCUAGAUGUCCGCCGAACGAGACAACUUCCAUAGCCAAUCAACACGAUCGCUGCGUCCAGCUGACCGAUCCCAGGGACCAGUGCUGCACCAUCACGCUCUGCGACGUUACCUUGGGCGAUCACGAGAUCAAAGCCGAGAACUCCACAGACCUAAGUGUGCACUUGAUGGACGUGAAAGUGUUGAAUUCAACGACGAUCAAGCUGAAGCUGUCCGCCAAGAAUCCCCAGGAUGUCACCAUAGAAAUCUCACAGGACAAUCGUGUGUGGAGCCGACAGAAACCCGAUAAAGACGGUGUGAUCUCGACUUUGGAACCCGCACAUACGUACCACGUUCGCGUAGUAGAAGGAGCACGCACAGGUCCAUCCAUUCAGGUGUCCUUGCCGGCCGAAGUUGUCAAAGUAACAAACAUCACGGAGAAAAUGUCUGACAAAAACUCUUGCUACUACAGAGGAAAAUCGUACAAGAUCGACGCGGAAUGGUACGACGAAUGCUUACACUUCUGCACCUGCACGGAAGGCGGCAAACCCGAAUGCGUCUCGAUAGAAUGUCCCACGGACUUCGGACUGGACUUGUUGGAUAGCACUUGUCUGGAUUGGGAAACUGUUCCACCGGACUUUAAGCCGCAACCACCGAACUGUUGUCCUCAGGAGGUGCGCUGUAGAAAUAACGGCUCUUGCCUUUACGAAGAUAUCGUGUAUGAUAAUUGGAGCAAGUUGCCGAUGAAUGUCACCGGCUGCGAGCAUGAAUGCUACUGCGAGUUUGGCAACGUGUCUUGCCGCGCCGUUUGCAGUGCUGUACCAGCCUUGCCACCUCCCAACUUGUGUCCUUAUCAGGCAACGUUGGCGAGUCAUCCUGACAAUCCAUGCUGCGUGCAAUGGACCUGUGUCCCUCCACCCGCAACAGGAAUGAACGUGACGACCGCGUACCCCGGCCCCUUAGCUACAGACACGUUCGAUCGGCAAACGAUUGACAAUAGCAAAAGACCGAAUAACAAGUCGGAAACAUUCAAGCCCAGCCAGGAACCGGAGCGUGGCGCUUCCUCCUUUUGGGGAGAUUCAAAAACCUAUAAGACCCAACCAGACGCCACUACUCACGAACAUCCUCAUUAUCCCAUGGAUCCUGGGCAUCCUACAGCGCCUUAUAACGGACCUUACAGUCCCGAUUACAUGCCCACACAUCCCACCGUGGAGAACGUUUUCCAUUUGCCCACCCACUCCGAAAAGCCGAUAUUGACCCCGAAAGAAAAGUCCAAGUCGAAAUCCGACAAUAAGAAGCCCGUAGAGCCAGUAAAGCCUCACAAGGACAUGAUCGAUCAGUAUUUCCCCGGCCCGUUAGCACCUAAUAGGUUCCCCGACAAAACCACUUCGACGUCCCCGUACUCAGUCAACGAGAAUCAAUACAUCUCAGGUUUAUCGAACCCGAACAAACUGCCCCCUCAGCAGAAAGACGUUUUGAUCAAUCACCCCCCACUGAUUUCGCUGAAUCCUCAUCCGGAUAUGCUAGGUCCACACUUUCCUUAUGUUUCAAACAACAACAAAGAGAACAUUUCUCCAGCUGGCUUCAAUGACCAAUUCGAUAACUUAGCCAGACCUCCUUAUCGGGGUCCAAUUCCUGUCAAACCCGACACGAUCGACCCGAACGUAAUUGUUUCAUCAGUUCCGAAAAAGAAAGCCAUGCCAAGCAAUCCGUUUGUCGACACGGACAAAACGAAAACAUCUCCGGUACUGCCGGGUCGGCCGAAACAGGGUCAGAGAAAUCCCGAUCAGGAGAUCUUGCCGGAGCAACUGUACCACCUGAUAAAUUUGCAUCCCGACCUAACUCAGCUCGAUCAAGCUCCCCCUCAAGGCCAUCUAGGUCUGUACGACCUUCACCAGCAGAUCUCUGGUCAAAAACAGCCGCCCAAUGAUCGCGGCCCGUCCGAUUACUUCGGGACGCAGUCCUCCGGGCCAAAGAAAGUGAUCAAGCCCCACAUCUCGGCGCAAAAGAACGAGAACGGGCAGACCACUUAUCACAUUCACACGCCCGACAUCCCUACAUCUACGCAACAGCUCGAGGAACUGUUGGCGCAUAUCAGCCAGCACGAUCCCAAUCCUGGUCCUUUCCAACACUAUCCCGGACAACCAGCCAUACCUCAUAAUGUACCGAACGGCCCGCCAACGCCGCCCAUUCUACCGCUUCACAUAGACGCUCACAUACCACAUUCAGGACUCACGCAUUUGAACCAUCCGUUCGCAGCACAAACGCCAAACCAGUCAGGUUUGGACCAUAACAUUGUACCUCCAGGCUUUCCAUUGCCCGGAAGUAUACCUGGAUUCCCGGCUGCGCCACCCUCCAACGAGGUCACUGUGCAAAUACUGGAGGCAUUGGAUGAACACACAGUUCGUCUGGUGUUUACCGUACCUCAGGUGCUGGUGGGACUGCACGGGAGAGUCGAGCUGCGAUACACUAGUGAUAAGACGAAUUUUGACCCAUCCACAUGGAAGCUACAGGUGUUUGCUCCUCCUAAUGACCUGAUCGCGACACAGCAACUCGAGUUCGAGUUGGGCGGUCUGGAGCCGAUUACCGAGUACAAGGUGAAGAUCACAGUGCGCCUGAAGGAUCUGAACAACAGCCCGAGCAGCAAGAUCUACAACGUGCGCACGUUGGAGAAACGCGCGGACGAAGCAACUUUGCCUCCGCAGAUCCCGAUCGAUGCUGAGCUCCGCGCAAUGGAGAUGAACUCGAGCUGGGUCAACAUCAUGUGGAAGAAGUUCACGCAAUACGAGUUACAGUUCAUAGACGGCGUGCAAUUAAGAUACAAGGAACACGAUGGUAAAGUUUACGCGGCAACACCGUUGAUCCAUCGUUCUGUCACGAAUUACGUAAUCGAGAACCUCAAGCCGGCGACCAAGUACGAAGUCGGUAUCUACUUCAUACCGUUCGCUGAACAAACAACGGAAUUAAUUAGCGAGAAAACGAUCGAGAUAACUACAUCUAUGGAGCCUGACCCCUAUUCUUUCGAUGUGAAAGUCGAAAUUAAGACCAUCAAGUCAACGGACGUGGAAGUGACAUGGAGCGGCGUGCCAUAUCCGGAGGACAAAUACGUGAACAUUUACCGAGCGAUCUACCAGAGCGACACCGGCAAAGAAGACACUAGCACCUUCAAAAUCGCCAAGAGGGACUCUCAUGCCAAGACCGUGAUCAGCGACUUGAAACCUGGCACCAGAUACCGAUUAUGGCUCGAGAUAUACUUGACGAACGGCAGGAUAAAAAAGAGCAACGUUCAAGACUUCGUCACUAAACCUGGUGUCCUCUUACCGGCCACCGUGUCUCAGCAAGCCGGAAAACUCGCGUCGCUGCCUCUUCACGAAGGGGACUACUACGGUCCUCUGGUGAUAGUGGCUAUCGUGGCGUCCUUGGCGAUAUUAUCGACUCUGAUCCUGCUGAUGAUGUUGAUGAAGAGACGCAGUAGCAGUAAAGCCGACAUAUCACCCCGUAAAACGACGUCGGCGUACGACAAUCCAUCCUACAAGGUAGAAUUACAACAAGAAACUAUGGACUUGUGAAGACGCUGUCACGAUAUCCAACGGGAGGAACAAGACUAUGACCGACCACGAGAUGACUACUAUCAAUUCGAAUGCCAAGGAAACUGCCUAAAGCUCUAUAAUUUAUUAAAUCUAUAUUUAUUUAUACAUAUCGCUGCGCGGCGAAAACCUGAAGAUCCGUCUAAUAAAUCCGUCCAUAUACGUAUAACGAUGUAUUAUACGUACAAAUGUUAAGAAAAAGGUAUUACCGAUCGAUCAAUUCACAGUCACACACGUCGAAAAUAAUCGUCAAGUGGCGUUGAAGCGACAUACAUAUAUAUAUGCCUGUUGUGGAAGACGCAAUACUUUUAUUAAUAGUUUCGAAAUACUCAAGCCGCAACGCAUACACUGAUGGCUUGCAAUUUCAUGCGAGUCAUCUCGAGACAGAGAUUAAUAAUUAUAUGAAGUUACAUUGUAUUAAAACUUGUAUAUAGCGCAUAUAUUAUACGACAUUUACGAUUUUAAGAUACGUCGUUAUUAAUAGUCGUUAUUUGAAACUUAUUUCAAGUGAGAUAGUCAGAUCUGAAUUUAGAACCAGAUGUAAAUUUUUCACGUGAAUUGUAUUUAUAAAUAGGUAAAUAAAUAAAUAAAUAAAUAUAUAUAUAUAUAUAUAUAUAUAUAUAUAUAUAUAUAUAUAGUUACGAAUAUCGUAUGAUUCAAAUAUCAAAAACUCUAAUAUAACUUGAUAUUGAAAUCUGAAUAUCUCAUGUGAGACAAAUUUCAAGUUAGGACUAUUAAUAGCCUAAAUCUCUUUUGUGGAAAAAGGAUAACAAAAAAAGAGGAAGGCAACACGAACAAAUCCAUCGGAUUUGUCUGUACUUAAAAAUUUUACGUUGUAAUAUCCAUUUAUAUAUAUAUAUAUAUAUAUUCACGUAUAUAUUACUCGGUUAAUAUGUUUUUUGAUGUAUUAAAAGAAAUUAAUUACUUAAUUAAGACACUUAUAAGUAAAUAGCUUCACACGUCGUGUCUUAUUGGACCGAACGGAUUUUGUACAGUUUACAUUUGUAUUUUUAGAGAGAAAAAUUUAUAAAAUAUAUAACAUUAUUACAAAUUUGUGCAAGUGUAAAUAUCACGCCCGAGUCAGCCAUAAUAAUCAAUCGUCAUACUUUAAAA